AUGGUUCACUUUUUCGACUUUCCGCGGGAGAUCCGCGACCUCGUAUACGAUCAUUACGUUACCGUCAAGGGCGGCUAUAUUCUCGACUUUGACAGCAACACACUCCGGGGCGCCGGGAACGAGCCCCUUGAUCUGGCCUUUAUUUAUACUUGUAAAAAGGCGGCAAGUGACCUCGACGGCUUGCCUCUGUCUCUCAAUACGCUCACCUUUUCAACCAUCUACUCGGAGAAACAUCGCACCACCGCCGGUCGUUUCAAUCUGAUGGUUGAGCGGCUUAACUGGCAACGAGGCCGCGAGCUGGAUGCCAUUUGCCUCAACGACGGUAUAGGUUCAGAUGAGGUUUGGGCAGAGCUACUGGAAGCUCAUCCGAAGUUCGCCCCAUACCUGACCCUUCUCAGAAACAGAAAAGCAAACUUCAAUUUUGCGCACGUCGCGGAUAUCAAUGUAGGCCCGGAUGGAUCCUGCGGCGAAACCCCCUCUGUCUUCCGCAAUUUCCUCCACUCUGCUUUGCAGAUGAUCCUGUACCACAGACAACAGCCCGACACAAAGCAGUCACGCGAUCGUAAGAACUGCUAUGCGGACUUCAAGUCCUCUAUUGGCCUCGAGAGCUUGGUCAAUCUCAACCCCAAUCCUUGGGCAGUCCCAAGCCGAGAAUGGUUGGAAGCUGCCAUAUCUAAUACGGACUGCUGGGUCGAGUCAGAUAUCAAUCGCAAUUGGAGCUUCAGUCGUCCGGGACACCAAGUCAGUAAACUCAAACAUCGCUACUCGGCUGCCGCCGUCGCCAUUCGAUUCCUCGAGUCGUUGUCGCAUGCUGCCAGGAUGGGCAUUCGGCGGAUCGUCUUGAACGAGGAUUGGAAGGCUGUUGGCUUCGCAGAGUGCCACGCCAUGGGAUUGAUCCCAUAUUGUCAGGAAAACUCGUUGCUUUUCGUGGACCGCCGCGUUGAUAUGUGGCGGACAGUCUUCCAGACAACUACCAUAUUUGGCUCCAAAGACCCCGUCAUGCCCCCAAAGGAUGACGAUUCUCUGCCUGCACACCAAAUAUCCUAUCGUGCCGCCGUCUGGAUCACGGAAGCCGUGGAGCUAGCGAAUGCAGGCAUGCCCCGCGGCUCUUUUGCCCUGACCUUUGAAGGAGACUCCACGUGCCCCAACAUCUUCCAAACCGUAAUUCAGCGAGAUGCUGCUUGGCAAAGGGCAAUCGACCUUUGCCUAAGGCGCAAGAAACUUCCAGAAUUACCCUGGGAUGUCAGACGAGAGAAUUAUACAACGUCUUCACCCCUCCAAACUUUGGAGGAUAACAGGUGGUACAUCCUUGAGGACUUUCCUCGGGCCAUGGUAGACAUUGUUGCCGGUAGGUCUGUUGUUAAGUGCAACUUUCCUCUGGGUGGGAGCUGGAAUGGACUGUGCGACGUUGGACAAAUCAUCCAGACAAAUCAGUGGCUGACCAUGGCCAACUGGAAAGCGGCGUGGUUCUCCCGUGUAUGCCAAGACUUCCAGCCCGAUGCGCACUCCAUGCGCUGGGUGCAGAUGUUAUCCGAGACGAGCCUGGAGACUGUGCUGCCCCUAUCUAGGGCAGACGAAGACGACUGGAUGUCACGGGAGGGGUUUACGGUGGAUAUAUAUGAGUUGGGACUAUCAGAGUCAGAUACGGAACCGUAA